AUGGAUCACAUCAAGUCCACGUUUGCACAAUGCGCGAAGGAGCAACGUCCCGCCUUUGUGGCAUAUGUGACCGCUGGCUAUCCCACCGCAGCAGAGACAGUGGACAUACUGUUAGGCUUGGAGUCCGGAGGAGCAGAUAUCAUCGAAUUAGAUCCAAUUGCCGAUGGCCCUACGGUACAACGAGCAAACACACAAGCACUAAAGAAUGGCAUUACGGUCGAGUCUACUUUGGAGACAGUAAGAGCGGCUCGAAGAAAGGGUCUGAGAGCGCCAAUACUGUUUAUGGGAUACUACAACCCACUGUUGAGCUAUGGUGAAGAGAAGAUACUACACGAUGCAAAGGAGGCUGGCGUAAGUGGCUUCAUAUGCGUGGAUCUGCCACCAGAGGAGGCUGUGAGGUUCAGAGAGGGUUGCAAGAGCGUUGGGCUAUCAUAUGUGCCACUCAUUGCCCCAGCUACAUCGGAAGAGCGAAUGAAGCUUCUAUGCAAGAUCGCAGACUCCUUCAUCUAUGUCGUCUCGAGAAUGGGCGUCACCGGUGCCACUGGGACGCUGAGCAAAGGCAUACCGGACCUUUUGAAGCGAAUACACCAGUACUCGAAUAAUGUGCCAGCCGCCCUCGGCUUCGGAGUCAGCACACGGGAACAUUUUGUAGAAGUCGCUAAGGUAGCUGAAGGCGUCGUAAUCGGCAGCCAAAUCAUCACCACCCUCGCAAACGCCCCUCCCGGACAAGGAGCCCAGAAAGUCGAGGAGUACUGCGCCGAAAUAACCGAUCGAAAGGCCUCGAAGUCUCUGGUCAACGGCGUCCACGACCACCAAAAAAGCGAGCAGCCAAUAACCAAUGGCUAUCACCUCGAAAAUACCCAUGGGGAGACCUCAUCACCCGUGCAUACCGACUCCGUCAUCAAGCCCGGCCAAAACGGCACCGGCCCCGGCCUCGCAACCCAACUCGAAGCUCUCAACGACCCCUCCACAAACCCAGCCUCCCUCGCUAUACCCUCCCGCUUCGGUGAAUUCGGUGGGCAAUACGUCCCGGAAUCCCUAAUGGACUGUCUCGCAGAGCUCGAGUCCGGCUUCAACACCGCAAAAGCCGACCCCGCAUUCUGGGAUGAAUACCGCUCUUACUACCCAUACAUGGGUCGUCCCGGUCGCCUUCACAAAGCUGAGCGCCUGACUCAGCAUGGUCGAGGCGCCACCGUUUGGUUAAAGCGCGAGGAUCUCAACCACACGGGUAGUCAUAAGAUCAAUAACGCUUUGGGCCAGAUCCUGCUGGCGCGACGCAUUGGCAAAACGAGGAUUAUUGCGGAAACGGGCGCCGGACAACAUGGUGUCGCCACCGCGACGGUGGCGGCGAAAUUUGGUAUGCCUUGCACGGUCUACAUGGGCGCUGAGGACGUGCGGAGACAAGCCCUCAACGUCUUCCGGAUAAAGUUGCUCGGGGCGAAAGUGGUCGCUGUGGAAGCAGGCGCGCGGACGCUGAGAGAUGCGGUUAACGAGGCUCUGAGAGCCUGGGUUGUGGAUCUGGACACUACGCACUACAUCAUCGGCUCGGCGAUUGGGCCCCAUCCGUUCCCGACUAUCGUACGAACAUUCCAAAGUGUUAUUGGGACGGAGACGAAGGAACAGAUGUUAGAGAUGAAGCGAAAGCUGCCAGAUGCGGUUGUCGCGUGCGUGGGGGGCGGCAGUAACGCCGUGGGCAUGUUUGCCCCCUUUGAAGAGGACGUUGGGGUGAAGAUGCUCGGCGUUGAAGCCGGCGGCGACGGGCUGGAUACAGACCGGCACAGCGCCACACUGACCGGCGGCAGCAAAGGCGUCCUGCACGGCGUGCGCACGUACGUCCUGCAGAACAAGCACGGACAGAUCGCCGAAACACACUCGGUCAGCGCAGGGUUGGAUUAUCCUGGCGUCGGGCCAGAGUUGAGUUCGUGGAAAGACAGUGGGAGGGCGACGUUUGUUGCUGCCACUGAUAAGGAUGCGUUCGAGGGGUUUAGGCUGCUGAGUCAGUUAGAAGGUAUCAUUCCGGCGCUGGAGACAGCACAUGCGGUUUUGCCUGCGCUGAAACUGGCGGGGGAACUGGGCGAGGGGAAGGAUGUGGUGAUUUGUUUGAGUGGAAGGGGGGAUAAGGAUGUGCAGAGUGUGGCGGAUGAGUUGCCGAGGAUUGGGCCGGAGAUUGGGUGGGAUUUGCGAUGUGGGUAUUCGUUCUGUACGGCUUAA